AUGAGUAACCGGGCCAAAGUUGCGACAUGCGUCAACUGUCGACAAAUGAAAGUAAGUCCUUCCGCUUUCCGUGUCUAUGACAGAAGUUGCCUUGGCAAUUGUUCUAGAGCACAACCAGGACAGAACAAUGAUCGCAAAUUAUGGUUAGGGCUAAUAUGAACCUAGGUGAGAUGCGACGCGAAAGUACUUUUCCCCGCCGCGUGUUCAAGAUGUGGCAAAAAAGGCUUGAGAUGCUUCAUUGACCCUUCGUUUCAAAGGACUGCCAAACGAAAGUAAGUCUCGAAUUUAUCAGAAUCGGUCAAGCGAUGUAGUCCUGUUCUUACACUUAAUCAAAGGCGGGCAGAGGAAUUGGAGAAGGAGCUGAGAGAGAUCAAGGUUACUUCGUUCGCUUCCAAUUCGAAAACCACUGCAGCACCAGAAGAUAAUCUUCCAGGAUCUCCCACUGAACAACCACGAGCCGCUCUAGUCUCCAGCUCAGCGUACCCGGAAUAUAGUUCUGCUGUUCCAAGUUCAGCGUUUGCGGCUCAAAGAAUUGGCGAGAUAGAAGUGUCGCCAGCCGAAAUAGCAGAGAUAAUUAGCGCGUAAGUGGUUUGAUCAGAAACAAGCUUUAGGUAUCUAAUGAUUUUAUUAGAUACUUUUCUUUUUGCCAUGAAGGCUUUCCGAUCCUACCUGAUCUGCUGUACUUUGUUCGAGGAUACAACCGAUGCAAAUUCCUCUUCUGGGUCGUUAUCGCUAUCGGCUCGAAGAGUACUGAGAAUCACGAGCAGCUGUACACCCAAUUGCGCCCUCAUAUCCGUCUUCUUGCUAGUGACUUGGAUGGGGCGGUUGAACAUGCCUUGGGGACUGUGCAGGCUCUUUUACUCCUUUGCUGGUGGCCUUUUCCAUUCCAGGCAACCCGGAAUGAUCCAUCCUGGAGUUAUUCUGGACUUGCGGUACAUCUUGCGUUGAGAUCCGGGAUACACCGCCCUCAUCACUUCUCAGACUUCAUGUAUAACGACCGUCUAGAUGAUGCUGGAAUCCAGGCGUUUCGAAAAGCUUGGAUUGGCUGUUUCAUCGUGAACCAACUGUAAGUGCAUCUCAUUCCAUCGAUAAGCAUCCGGUCGUGCUGUUGACGAGCUUAAUAUGAUAGGCUUGCAAGUGAGUUGGGUGUCCCAUCCACUGUCCCUGUAGACAAUACAAUUGUUUCUGCGUUGGACGGUCGGGCAUCGAGCAGGUUACCCAAGCCACUCGAACACCAUCUGAGAAUUGCUUAUCAUAGCUACAACAUCUGCAACACAUUAGGAAACAGCGAUGCCACAACUUCGGGACUAGUCCACGGUAGCAUCGGAAUUAUUAAAAUUCUUGAAAAGGGGCUUCAGGAGCUAGAGAUUCAACUCGCGCCGGAUAUGACGGCGCAUGCAGAAAUUGCCUUGCUCAGGGUCAAACUUCAACUGCAGUCAUUUGUGUUUACGGAUGACCCAAUGGUAGAAGUGAUCUCCGUAUCGAGAAUAGAGCGGCUGAUCAUCUAUCCAAGGUUGAAACAUACUCCACAAAGAUAAUAGACCUGGCAGCCCAAGCCGCCCCCGUUCGAUCAACACCUCGUAUUUGGACUAUAAUACUUAGGACGUCUGUCGUAUAUGCCGCACAUAUACUGCUUAGGCUUCUCGCGUAUUCCGAGAACCUGGACGGUGGCCUUAUCCAAAACUCCAUUGGUCAGGCUUGGAUGCUCUUCAACUCCCAGUCGGAACUGGAAAAUGACAGCUGGGCGCGUCUCCGUGAGAUCAUUACCUACCUGAGUCGCAUAGGUACCAGUCAGAACACUCCUGGCGCUUCGUCCGUGAGGGCUAGGAUGUCGGCAAACAUUGCCAUUGAGACUGUCUGGCGAGCUCGCGGGCGCUUCAGCGAGGAGGUUCUCCGUGAGAAGCCCAGUGACUACACCGAAGCCGAAGCUAUGAGAGAUCUGAUGCGAUUUGGGCUUGAUCUAAUCAUUGGAGAUGACCCGUUUGAGGAAACUGACCCUACGCUACUUCAGGGGUCUCUACUCCCAGUGGAUGA